ACGUGUGCCCCGAUAACAUGUGUCUAUUAUUCAUGCUGACUGUCAUCGCAAAAGCAACUGGAGCUUCGGACACAGUUUCACGAUCACCCUUUAUAAUGGUUGAAAAAUGAAGCAUUCGCACCGAUUGGGCAUACCGAAUCAGUUGUGCAAGGUGCAACAGCGUCGUGAUACGUGCUAACGACGACGAUGCGACGGAGGAAAAGCGUCGUCAUCCGUGCUGAGCUCCACGGCACCGACUCAUGCAACACUCCGUACCACACGAGCUCGCCUGCGCGAUAAAGGCGCGCGUAGAAUCGAACGAGAGUUAUCUACCGGCCGUCAGAUGGAAAGAAAGGAGGAUAUGAAUCGCACGGAAACUCAACGGCGAAUUGGCAUUUGUGAGUCGAGCGUGAGGAACGCGCGAACGUGCGUUCGAGAGGUACAGCGAUCAUGAGCCCGGCGAUAUCGGUGGAGGAACACAAUCUGCAACAAUGCACGAGUAUGGAAUACACAACGUGUUCGGAGAAGUUGCUCUACUUGCUCUUCGAGGAUAUUUCAUACUGCGUGCGCAAGAGUAUUCUGACGAAAGGUAUAAGAAAAUUGCUAUACGAUCUUAAUGGUGACUUUCGACCGGGCGAACUCACAGCUAUUAUGGGUCUUUCGGGUGCUGGGAAAUCUACACUAAUGGACAUCUUAGCGGGUUUUACAACAACCUCGGUCACUGGCAAAAUCAUGGUGAAUGGACAGGAAAGGAAUAUGUCCGAAUUUCGGAAAUUAUCGGCCUAUAUAAUGCAGGAUGACCAUUUACAACCACUCUUAACGGUGCAGGAAGCAAUGCUCGUUGCCGCGGACCUCAAACUAACGUUAAACCGUCGUCAAAAAUUGGAAAAAAUCGAUGAAAUAUUAACAGCAAUGAGCCUCGAUGCGUCUCGUUAUACGCGUACGAGCGAGCUUAGCGGGGGUCAAAGGAAAAGACUUGCUAUCGCGCUUGAACUAAUCAAUAAUCCGCCCAUUAUGUUCUUCGAUGAACCAACAAGUGGUCUGGACAGUGUUACCUCGAAGCAGUGCAUAGCGCUUUUGAAGCAGUUGGCGAAAGAAGGACGAACCAUAAUCUGCACGAUUCACCAGCCGAACGCGACGCUCUUAAACAUGAUAGACCAUCUCUACGUAGUUGCCGAUGGGAACUGCGUUUAUACGGGCAGCACACAAAAUUUGGUACCAUAUCUAAGUAGCGUAGGUUUAUACUGUCCGAAGCACUACAAUCCAGCUGACUUUUUGAUGGAGAUAUGUAACGGAGAUUACGGUGCCCAUGUGCCUAAAUUGGUAGAAUCGAUCCAGAAUGGUAAAAGCAACGAAUGGAGAUUGGAUGAGACUUUCUACUUGAACAGAGAGAUCAUCACCUCGCAACAGCUUCCACCUAUGAGAUUGUAUUCGUUCGAAACGGAAUUUAAGCAUAUUCCACAUUACGCUGCCGGUUCCUGGAGACAGCUUAGCGUUCUUGUUAGGAGAAAUGCAAUUAGGCUAUUACGCGAUAAGUUUUUGAUGGUUUCAAGGAUCUCAAUGCACUUGACGGUUGCUCUACUUGUGGGCACGAUAUACUUCAAAAUUGGCCAAGACGCCGCUUACGUUUUAGACAAUUUUAAUCUAUUAUUCUUCAGUAUGAUGUUUCUCAUGUAUACCGCGUUUAGCGCUACAAUGGUCUCGUUUCCUUCGGAAGUGCCAAUACUUAUGCGCGAGCACUUCAACCGUUGGUACAAACUACGAUGGUACUAUCUAGCGAACAAACUAGCCGAUUUUCCGGUCCAACUUACUGCCACGUUUAUUUAUGUCCUUAUAGUAUAUUUUAUGAGUGAUCAGCUGCCCGAUAGUGGAAGAUUCGGCCUGUUCAUACUCAUGUGCUUUGCUAUCAGUCUGGUUGCUCAAGCGGCUGGACUUAUCCUAGGAACUGGGCUGAAGGUUCAAAAUAGCGUGAUUUUCGGACCAUUUGUGAUCUUGCCGUUUAUGAUAUUUAGUGGAUUCUUCGUGCGUAUAAGAGACGCGCACCCGUAUUUACAGUGGUUAUUUCACACAUCGUUUCUCAAAUAUGGAUUUGAAGGACUUAUGAUUGCAAUUUAUGGUAAUAACCGGGCAAAGUUGAAGUGCUCUGCGGAUUAUUGUCAUUUUGCUAUCCCCGAGAAGCUCCUCUCAGAAGUGGAUAUGAAGUACGCAGACUACUGGUUCAAUAUGACGGUGUUGAUAGUGCUGUAUAUUGUGUUAAAUAUUGUCGCCUAUAUUACGUUAAAAAUAAGAGUCAAAAAACGCACUUAGCAUCGUGACAUGUAAUAUUGCAGAGUAAAACUCUGCAUCAAAUUUACAAUUAUGUACCAAAAAAGACUGAUUUAUUUUUAAUAACG